CUACUCUUGGCUUGUGUUUAAAGUUCAUUGAUGCUUUUUGGUGGUUCUUUAAGAUCUGCGCGAACUUGCCAUGAUCUGAAGAGGUCUGACAGUUUGGAGCUUUUAACUUACUGGAUGCCAGAACUUUCAACGGCUCCUCAGUAAAUCCACAAGCUACCACACCAAUGAGAUCAAUAUCCAAAGCUUCCGCUUGGAUCUCAGGUUACCAUCUAUGGAUUAUGGUAUUUGCAAUUAGCUUACUGUUGUUAGGAGCAUCAACGCGAUUAUCUCGAAUUGGGUAUUCUGGUGAAAGUAUUGAAUAUCAGUAUCUAGUAUCAAAAGGGAACAGCUACCCCCCAGUUUUUGCUUAUUGGAUUUGUGGUACGAAAGGAGACAAGGAGAAAAUGCUGAGGCUGUUGAAGGCAAUAUACCAUCCAAGAAACCAGUAUCUGUUGCAACUUGAUGCUGAUUCAUCAGACUCCGAGAGGGAAGAAUUGUUAGUUUCAGUACGAUCCGAGCAGGUGUUCCGAGCCUAUGAAAAUGUUAAUGUUCUUGGCAAAAGUUACACAGUUAACCAGAUGGGUCCAUCGGCUCUUGCUGCAACACUUCAUGCUGCUGCUUUGCUUCUUAAGAUUAGCACUGAUUGGGACUGGUUCAUCACAUUAAGUUCUUCAGACUAUCCACUUAUGAGUCAGGAUGAUCUCCUCCAUGCUUUCACUUUCUUGCCGAGGGAUCUCAAUUUUGUUCAUUAUACUAACAAGACCAGCUGGAUUUGGAAAGAGCGGGAAAAAGUCAAUCAAAUUGUAGUGGAUCCUAGUUUACAUAAUCCAAUCCGCAAGAGUCCACUUUUCUACGCUGUGGAGACCCGAGAAACACCAGAUGCUUUUACACUGUUUGAAGGUUCACCUUGGGUUAUUCUUUCAAGAGCAUUCAUGGAAUAUUGCGUCGAAGGAUGGGACAAUUUCCCUAGAAAACUGCUAAUGUACUUUAGCAAUCUGGCCUACCCGCUUGAAUCCUACUUCCACACAGUCCUGUGCAACAUAGCCGAGUUCCGAAACACCACAGUGGACAAUGAUUUAAGGUACAUCAUUUGGAACACCGCACAAGGUGCACCCGAUGUCCUAAACAUGUUUCACUAUAAUAAAAUGUUAGCCAGCGGGGCAGUUUUUGCAAGGCCGUUUCAAGAAGGUGAUAGAGUGCUGCAAAAAAUCGAUAAAAAAAUCUUAAAACGUCCACCAAAUGGGCUGAUUCCCGGAGAAUGGUGCUCCGACAAUGGAAGGAAGAACCAGAGCAUGGAGGCAGCUUCUUCAAAGGGGGAGGCCGAGUACUUGUGCUCCACUCGGGGUAACAUUAAUGCUGUGAAGCCAGGUUCUUAUGGCAUCAAGCUCGGACAUUUUCUCAAAAGGCUUGUGAGGGAGGGGAGACUGAGAAGCACUCAAUCAUGUCCGUGUACAAUAUAAAAUUGGGAAAAUCUAAUUGUAAGCAAUUCUGCGUACUAAUACGCGCACUUAUUCAAUAUGAUUGGUCAGAAAGUAGAUUUUAUUGAAAACAGUACUAAUUUGAA